AUGGAUAGCAGUACCAGCGGUAGUCAUGAAAAAGCAACGAUUCAAUAUCUAAAAAAUAUAAAUUUAAAGAAAAUUGAUGGGUCAGAUGAUGGUGGAUCGUUCAAAGCGUCAGAACUGUGGAAAGAUGGAGGAGCGGUGAUCAUGGUUGUGAGGAGGCCUGGAUGCAUUUUGUGUCGUGAAGAAGCAGCUGAAUUAACAAAAUUAAAGCAAAAAUUUAAUGACAAAAACUUUUCUUUGUUUGCAGUAGUCCAUGAAUUAAUGGGUGUUGAGGAAUUUCGCAAUUUUUUUGACGGCGAAGUUUUUCUGGAUCCGGAACGUAAAUUUUAUGGACCUAAGGAGAGAUGGAUGUCUUUGGCUGGUUUGUUAAGACCUUCUGUCUGGCUUUCUCUGAUCAGAGCGAAGAGAAAGCACGUGUCAGGUAACACCGAAGGUGAAGGUCGGUUAUUGGGGGGAUUGUUUGUGAUUGGACCAGGUGACAAAGGUAUUUUGUUAGAACACAGAGAAUCAGAGUUUGGAAAUCAUGUUGAUCGUGAACUUCUUUUGAAUGUAAUAAAUGAAUGA